AACACAAGUGGUCGUCUUCAGGAAAGACGACGUGACUUUACCGAAAGACCCAAGAAUAUAAAAGGGCUCCUGUUGACAUAACUUUACAAUUCCACUCAAUUUCUAGUAAAUGAUUCAGGUACACUCUGGUCCGUCAUAGAAGCUCGCGAUUUUGGUUAAGUAAAGGGGCCAACAUUAAUUAAGCUGGCUGUGCUGUUAUUCUCUUUGCCACCACCAUUCCCUUCAUCUGGCCUCACUAGAUACCUCAACACCCACAUCUGGUGAAAAGCUAAAUCAUAUGGUCGAAGUAAAAUCCCUUCAACUAUGCAAAACACGCUGCUCUAUGUCUCCUUAUCCAAAACUGUAAUACACUGGUUAAUCAGUUUAACUCUGGUUAAUAUAGCAGUGGCCUGUUUAACAUUUUGCGUGUCAUAGUGAAGCAUUUUUUGCUCAGGGUACUGCAUAGCCAAAUGUUAAGACCUGAACGCUGUAUAAACAUGAACAAAUAAGAGGAACCACUAAAUACCUUUUCUGGGGCCUCUCAUGUGUCACACGCUAUGUGUCUUGUCUCUUCAUGUCUUUCCCUGUGCUAUUAACACCCCUGUCUCUACCACCACACAUUUAGAAGCCAUCUCGGACUGUCUCACUCAUGCAUGAAAUGUAAAAAAGUACCCUUAAUUAUCUAUAGCUCACUAAUAAUAGCAAUUAAUGUUCACAUGAACCUGGUAUUCAUAACGCACGAACAGCGCGUAAUAAAUCGACGCCUUCACCAUCCACCAAAUCUUCUUCUGCGAAGAAUGCACCUCCACUCUGCCCGCUGUCUCGUGUAAUCACUGAGCUUACCCAACACGUGCUUUGUUUCCCCUUAUGUUCUCCCAAAUCCCAGGUCUCUUACGGUUACAUCUGUAGGGAGAUAAAUGCACUUCGUGAUUUUUUUCAUCUCUCUAAAAGUCCAUCUUCAGUUAAAAGGCAUCAUCAGUUAUUAUCGUAUUUGUGAGUCGGGCAUUGCGCCAUUGUUGUAUGGUCUGUUCUGGAUGACCACAGAAUCACACUGAAGAGUUUGUAAUUUAGCAUACGCAAAAAGAAUACGUUAUUAUCGUAAUUCUGCAUACACAUAGCCAUAUCCACCCUCGGCAAAUGGCUGUGACUUUGUUAGAACAGUUAGCAAAGGCAGUAUUGUCUGCAAACAUCUGUUUUUAUUUAUCAGUUAGCAAACACAUUCAUGGUUCGCUAUAUAAGCCAAAAAAGGCCGGUAUUAGUCCCAGUGGUGUGGCGGGAAGUCGCAAGAACACGGGGAUGAUAUUUUGGCUCGAUGCGGUUUGACGCCACGAAGAUUCUCAUCUCUGCAUCGAAAGGGAGUGACGUGAGAGUACUGCAUCCGUUGAAAGCUUCAGACCUAUUAACAAUCUAAACAUCAUAUCUACAGAAGGCACAAUGUCAGAAAUGAAUUCAGCUUCAAGAAAAUGGGUAUUUCUUACCCUACUAUUUGUUUCAAUUAGUAUUAUUCUGGCGACAGUUUUGAUUCACCAGCAUGUAAAUGCAAACUUUCCCAAGAAGUGCCCAAAUAAAUUUGUUCUAAAUGGCAUUAAACCCGAUUACAAGGCAAUAGAGAUAUUUUCCGACCUAACGCCAACAGAAUUGACCACCGUCAAGGACUUUCUGGUGAGCGAUAAGAACCUCAAUAUUGUUGCUUCAGAAGCCACCGUGAACAGCAACUACAUCUACAUGAUAGAGCUCUACAACCCAGACAAAAAGGAAGCUUUAAAUUACUUGGACCAUGGAGGAGCCAAGCCUGCUCGAGUUGCUAAGGCAGUGGUUUUCCGCGGAGCUGACGUUCAGCCAUCGAUUGCAGAAUAUCUGAUAGGCCCGCUUCCGAAUCCAACCUGGUACCGGCCACACAGUCCAUCAACUAGGAAACGCGUUAUUAAUUUUAGCUCUCGGCCAACGACAAUCCCGGAAUACACGGCUUUGUACACACAUUUUUUACCAAAAGCUUUAGAAAAAGUGAACCAUAUUUUGGAGGAGAGUUAUGGCUAUACGUAUCAUAACUGUACAAAAAAAUGCCUAACCGUUGGGGAAGUGGCACCAAAAGGAUUGAAGUCAGGAGAAAGGCGGUCCUGGGUAAUGCUUCUCCGACAAUUGGAAGGGUUUUACCUGCACCCAGUAGGCUUUCACGUUUUGGUAAAUCAUGAAAGCUCAAACACCGCAAAAUGGGCAGUGGAGAAGGUUUACUACCAUGGCCAAUAUUUUAUAAGCAUCGAAGAGCUAAUCACAAAAUAUGACAAAGGUUCUAUUACUAAGAUAAAGCUGAGUGACAGCAGUCGAGAAUCAUCGGGAUAUAAUCGUCGCGGAGCCUUCAGAGCAGACACGUCUCAGACGGGACCACGGCAGUACGAGCCCGAGGGCCACCGGUACCGGGUUGACGGGAACUUUGUGCAGUACAUGCCCUGGACGUUUGCUUUCAGAAUCUCUUACAUGGGGCUUCAGAUAUUUGACAUUAAGUACAACGGUGAGAGAAUUGUCUAUGAGAUGGGCCUCCAAGAUGUCGUCUCAUACUAUACUGGCAACGAUCCGAUAGGAAGCUUAUUCAGAGCCAUGGACUCAGGUUGGCACUUUGGUGCCGACAAUUUUGAGCUUGUGAAGGGGAUCGACUGCCCGCACACUGCCACGUACCUGGACACGUACCACUUUGUGAACUCGGAUAAGCCGCUGAAAUACCCGAACUCCAUCUGCAUUUUCGAGCACAACACAGGAGUGCCAUUGCGUCGACACUUGGAGGACGAACACCGGAGAGGCUACUCGUUCUAUGGUGGCUUGGUCAACUAUGUACUCGUGAUUAGGAGUGUCAACACGGUGUACAACUACGAUUACGUCGUGGACUAUAUUUUCUACCAGAAUGGAGUCAUUGAAGCAAAGAUUCACCCCACUGGGUACCUCGUGGCGACGUAUUUCCUUGGGCAUGGACUCAAGUAUGGCAACAAAAUAUUUGACCACGUCCUUGGCAAUGUGCACACGCACAUGAUAAACUACAAACUGGACAUGGAUAUAGUGGGCACAAGCAACAGCUUUAAGACUGUGAACCUGCAGCUCGAGAACACGACCGUCGUUUGGAGCCCAGAGCACGCCAAGGUCAUGCCCACCGUGAAGCAUGACCUCAAGAAGACAGAGUCGGAGGCAGCCUUCAAGUUCGACGUCAGACUUCCAUACCUGGUGUUCGUGAACGAGAACGCCAGAAACAAGUGGGGCGCCCAGCGUGGUUAUCGCGUGCAGCUCACGAGCCACGGCAACCCCCUGUUGCCAGAGGAUUAUGAAGAGGAGAAAAGCGUUGCGUGGAGCAGGUAUCAGAUGGCGGUGACAAAACGGAAGGAGACAGAGCUGUACAGUGGAAGUAUCUACAAUCAACAUGACCCGUGGGAUCCUGCCGUUUACUUUCAGGACUUCAUAAAUGACAAUGAGAACAUUGUCAAUCAGGACCUGGUGGCCUGGGUGACGGUGGGCUUCGUGCACAUCCCCCACUCGGAGGACGUCCCCAACACGGCCACCGCCUGCAACGGCGCGGGCUUCUUCUUCCGGCCGUUCAACUUCUACGACGAGGACCCAUCGGUGGCCUCGCGGGACGUCGUGAUCCUGCGGCCAGGGCCCCCCGGCUCGGGAGAGACGCGCGUGUCCUGGUGGACGGAGCAGAGCCCCACUGAGCCCAGCGUCUGCCUGCCCGACAUUCAGCCGCUCACAUACAAUGGGACGCGCGGUCCCGUGUAAAGCGCGCAGCAACUCUGCGGUGAUUCGCAGAUGGUGUUUAUAACAAAAAAACUGUUCAUUAGCAAAAAUGAAUCUGCAGUGUUGAUGGAGCAGCUUAUCGUGAUAUAAAAACGAGGUGUCUUCAUGCUCAAAAAAAGCUAAAUGUUUCUGGGCAGCCAUGGUAUCCUUUGGCAACCCUAGAGCCAGAUGUGGAAAUCCCACUUUUCUCCACAUAGUGGUAAUAAUUUUAUACAUGCAGGUAGAUUGACGAGUAAACCCGCUAAAUGGAUGUUAACUGAAAUCAUAUGAGUUGAGUGCACUCACCACAGUGCCAUCUACAGGGAAAAGAGGUGUUGGUGAUAAGAUGAAGCAGUUUAGAGAUUUAAUAGUAUAGCACAGUUUUUGAUGCCCACUCCGCCUGGAUUCACGUUAUGCUCAAGCAUAAACCAUGUAUCAUAGAUGGCUAGAGCAUAUAUGAAGGUUUCCAAUUCAGGCAGUGGACUUGAAAUCUUGUCACCAUCUAAAGCAAAGAGGCAGAAGGGUGCAAAAAGACUUUGAGAGUGGACAUAAAGGGAAUUCAAUAGGGGUGUAGUGGGUUCAAUUGAGGCGCACACUCAACUUGUAGGCAACACUAUUAACGCAAAACCAACGUGAACAUUAUAUACAGGGUGGUGACCACCGUUCCUAAUCUCACUAACACUCGGGGAGUACUACACAGCGUGACCAGGGCAGGUCACGGGUUGCCUGGUCACGAACGACGAUCGGAGACUCGAGGACCGCUGAUGGCGUCUUCAUCCCGGGGUUGAACAGCCCCGCUCUCUGUUGAUGCCCCGCUUAUAACCGCUGCGACAUGGCCAGCUCCAUCCCAGGCCACGCCCCCCCCCCUUCUCGAAGGUCCGAGCCCCCAACCACGUGACCCCCAAGCUUCCCCCUGGGGCCCCUAGCCCCCCUUUAUCCGGUCACGUGUCCUGUAGUGUUCACGCAGUGUCACGGCCUGACACGACCCCGUGACAACCACCUACAGCACCCAUACCAAGCCAACAGUAGUGACGUCAUAUGUCCCUACGCUCGUACAGUUCCGACAGAGUAGUGACGUCGUAUGGCACUACAGGGGUGUAACAAUUCAUACCGCCACACCAGCCAUGGCGAUUCGAUGCAUCAACAUAUUAAGGGUUGCGGUUUGUGUUUUUUUUAAACUGCAAUUCUACACCCGUUUAAUCAAUUUCUUACCUCUAAAUCAUUGCCCAUUGAUUGGAAUAUUAGAAAUGUAUACAAAAAAAACAUUUGAUCAAGUAUUUAAUGACCUCUAAGGUAUUAAAUGCCGAACAAUCUUUUAGAUCUAGACGCAGUACCAUCAAAAUUACUACAGUCUUAGACUGAUGGGGCAAGUGCCGUUUGCGAGCACCUAUGAAGGCCGGAGCGGCACACGAGGGGGGUGGGUUGGCCAGC